CUGAAGACCAGCCGGUUACAACUAUAAAACACAUUGUUGAGCAGCAGAUGAAUAGCGAAUUGGCCUGGUCAGAUUUGAUUUUCAUCAUUCAUCAUCCAUCGGCUUGGCACCCUAUCUCAGAUCGCAUUAUCUCCGUUGCUGCUCCAUCUCAAGGCGCAAACUCGCCGCACCUAUUGCACAGACGCAAUCAGUACAAUGGCUACAGCGGAAACCGUAGACUUGGGCAGAGUCCAUGAGCCCAAAGAGGAGUCCAUCAAGGUCUUCAGGCAGAUCGAGCACGAGUUGAAGAAAGAGCUGCUUCAUAUUCGGCAUGAAUAUCGCAAGCACGAGCCCGAAUAUUUCCGGGCAGUGGAACAUCUUGAUGAUCAGCAGUUGGUUGCUUUCGGCCCGGGUGACUUUGUUGCUGUGAGAGUCGCCGUCUCAGCAUAUGGGAUCCAUCUCUUUGGCAAAGUUCAUGUCCCCGCCCUGCCUGACUCUGAUCCCGCCUAUAUUCAUUUCCGUGUUUUUGUGCCAGGAGGGGAACCACCAAAGCUUCACAGCAUCCACACUGAGGAGAAAGAACAGCCCGACGGGGACAGAACAUACCGAGCCAUUUUUACCAAAGAUGAUGUGUUGGAGUGGUUCGACACUUGAGGACGCGUUGCCA